AUGAGCAGCUUACCUUCUAAGCUGAAAGGUAAGGCGAAAGCUAUAUCGACAGGUAGCAUUCUCCGCCCUGAAGAUGUCGCCAAAUCGAGAGCAGGCACUAAGAUUUCUAAAAGAUCAUUGGCUUUGAAUCCUUCGACUUCAGCUUCCUCUUUAGUUAAAAAGCCUAGACUUGACUUUUCUGCUACUCCUCUACCUUCGAAACUUGGACUUUCCUCCACUUCUUCAACUUUGACAGUCGGUCAAUUAAAACCUCCUCUUGAUUGGACAUGGAAAGAUUUUUGCCAAAACACCACAGUAGACAUAGCAACUUUCAACGAAGCUGUAACACAGUCUCUCCAACAAGACAAAGUGAAUAAGGCGGCCAGGCUAAUAACUAGUGCUCUUCGCCUGUUUUUGGAAAAGAAAGCAGAUUCUUCAAAGUUUUCAAUGGAAUAUCAUUUUGUCACAAUAAUUUCUUUGAUUGUUAAAGAGCAUGGGAAACGGUUAACGAAUCUAAAUUUACAGAAAUGUCUUUCAUGUCUAAUCUGUAUAAUGAAACCAUUCAGCAUUGAAAGACAAGAAAUCAUCAGCUCUCUUUUCGUUUGUCUUCUCGAGCAACAGACAGUGUUCGACUCAUACCUUCUGACCGUUUUCUUACACGAUUCACUUGGCGAUAGAAAUUGGAUUGAAAAAAGUUUCUGCUCGAAAAUAGUAUGUUGGUGUAUCAAACCAUUUGACACUGUUUUUCCUACCAAAGACAUGUAUACUGCUUGUAAUGCUGAGUUAGCCAUUCCGGAUUCCGUUCCUGAUCUCUCUGUUGAAAAUAAGUUUUUCACUGAAACAGUUAACUUAGAGACAAUCCAGGAGUUUGUGCUGGAAGUUCUCAGAAAAUGGUGGGAGAAAGGAAAUGAAUCUCCGGGAAGAAAUUUGCUGAAAACCAUGUCCCUCUUAAGUGGUAUUUCUGAGGUUCGACUUGCUGCUGCUAAGCGUUUAGAUAACUGGGUUCUGAAUGGAAAAUUACAAAGACAUGCUCUUGAGCUAUUGCUUUUUGUGGGGUGCAAUAUAGGCGACGUUGAGGAGUGUCCCAUGGAUUUCGAGACCUUAUCCUUCCUUCUAAAGAUGAGGAGUUUCAAAAGCAAGCAGGUUCAAUCAGUAUUUCAAGUAGCAAUUCGGGAAGUUCUUACAAGAUCCGAAAGAAACCUCAGAGGUAUCAUUCGAAUAAUCAUCGCCAAUGAGUUUGGGCCAUCACAAUUGCGAGCGCCUUGUAACAUGAGCAUCUUGAGUUACCUAUUCUCGUUAGACAACCGAAAAACAACAAUCGCGUUUUCUAUUGAGUUAUCAGCUUCUGUGCGAUCUCGGGAGGAGUUAGCCAAACCUGCUCGUCUUUUCACGAGAGAAAUUUUGAGAGCUUUCCUACGAUUGGAUUUCAAUUUCCCAUUGUUCACUGAAAAUUAUUUGAACAGUAUAUUGGAAGAUGUCACAGAAGAAAGCAGAGAACUUCAGGAACGUGCUGUUAUCAGUGCUCCAGAAGUUUUAACGAUGGCUCCUAUCGUUCUAAUCAGCAUAUGUUUAAAAGAUGUUUUUGCUGCACGAAGAAACGGGUCUACGUUGAGUCCUGAACAGGUUAACACCAUCAUGAAGUACGAAAAGGAUCUACUCGAAUACUUUGAGAUAUGCUUACGAUUCUUGCACAAAGUCAAGUCUAAGUUCAGUAGCUAUCGGAACAUGUACUCCGCUUUACUCAGGUUCCUUUAUUUGGAAAAGGUCGAGUAUUACACAACGAUGGAUCAAGGGCCCAGCGAUUUCGAGUUUACACAGGGAAUGAAAGUUAUUUCUGAGUGCUCUUUGGCUGACAAAGUACUUUGGCUGGUUGUCGGUCAAGACUCAGCUUUACUACAACAGCAGGAUGCCAUUGAUAUCAUCUAUGAGCUGACUAAAAGAGCCAUGAUUUUCCGACCAUCUCAUGAUUCUCGAAAAGCUGUUGUUCUAUUCGCAUCGUCCGUUGGUCCUUUGAAACUUGUGGAAAGAGUUCUUGACGUGUGCUUAUAUCUGCCCGGAGCAACUGUGGCGGAUUACAAACCCAUGUAUCUCAACGAGUUGUAUUGGAAAUCGUGGAUCAUUCUCAUUCUUUGGACUUGUGUUGGAAAGGUUGGCGAGGCUUUCUCUUCCGUGUAUGAAACGUUCCCAAUUUUCCGGAUGUUUGUGCAUAUGAUUCUAACAAAGGACUUCCACUUCCCACUAGCCUUCGAAGGACUCACGAGAGAAGAAGUCAGGGAUUCCGAGAAUCAGAUAUCUGUCCGAGAGAGAAAAACUAUAUUGACACAAGAAAAAUUACUCGAAGACGCAAAGCAGGGUGGUGCUGCACAGGAGAUAAACGAAGAAACGAGUUUACUUUUGUAUAAAUGCUCGUUGGUUACAGCUAAAGAUGUUGUACGUCGUCCUCCUGAGUCUAUACUUCAAGAUCUAGAAGUCAUAUCAACCGAGUGUCAGCUCGCUGCUACCCUAUGUGAAUGUAGAGAACCAGACCUUUUGUCAAAUUUGAUAAAAAUGAGUGGAGCAACUAAGGCAAUGUCAGCUAUUCAAGAUCUUCUUGUCUCAAACGCGAAGGCUAUCAAUCAUCUUCCACCUGUGAUAUUAUCACAGUUUUUCAUUUAUCAUUUAUCACUUGAUAAACGGAUGAAGAAAUUGGAUUCAUCUAUAGAAGCUCUGAUCAUAUCUCAAUUGAGAAUGGCUAUAAAGCAGGAUACUGAAGGAAAAUGUCUUCAAUUCUUAGUGAACGGACUUGCAUCUGAGCAUUCUGCCACCAGAACAGCUGCAUCUGCUGCCCUCUCCCUGCUCACUGAUGCUGAAAACGAAACUCUCUCCUUCAGCUAUGAUGAACUAGCCAACUACUCUUCUUUCCCGAAAGUCAAAAAAGCUGUAUGUAAUAGUUUAGCCGAUUCUAUACGUUUCGAGUUCGAACCGAAAAGAGUUGAAGAACUACUGGAUUUCAUUUUGAAACAUAUGAAUGAGGAAGAUGUGCAUGAGAUUCUCGCAAGUGUUUGCCUCUCUUUCGACAAAACUGUCAGCUCUGUUUUACCCCUGUUCGUGAACUUGUUCUUACGAUACCACAAGAUUUGCAUGGAACACCCGGACAGUUAUCCGGAAGACUUGGCUGUCGGGAAGAAGUACCGAGUUUCAGUUGGAGAAAUUAAGGUUUCUAUGAACUCGUUAGUAAUUGAGAGCUCCGUUCUUCUGCUCUGCAAAACAGCUCGAGAAAUUUCUGGACGUGAAGAUCUCAUGAAUUUCUGGUUUCCUGAUAAUGGACAAACUCCUCAUGUCUUGAACGAAGAGGCUGAAGUUCAAAUUUUUGAUUCCCAUAUUCAAGCGCCGAUGUUAUGUUCUUCCGAUCAAAGAAUAGUUCAGAUUGCUUUGAAUCGAAUAUCAAGUGUGGAUGCAUUGAGAUUGAUAUCAUCAUUCGGUCUGACAGUUUACUCAGCUAGUCAACUGCUCAAAAUAAUAGAUAAUAUUGAUACUACCAUGGUGAAGGAGAAGGAUUGCUUAGCCAUCAGACCCUUCAUUAUAGCUUAUAAAAGAAGAGGAGCUGAAGGCGGAGACAAGAUCUUGAGCAAGCUAGAAGCAUUUAAAUCAGAGAGUAGGCAGGAAGAACAGAAGUUCAGCUUGAAAAGUUCUGAGCUCUCUAUGGAGGUUGACGAAACCAACAUAAAUGCUGUUCACGACUUGAAAGAGUCAGAAAUUGAAGCGCUAAUUGUAAAUAUGACGAUUGAUCAUUCCAAGGAUCAGACAUUCCCAACCAGUGUCUUAGCAUUGGUCCAAUCAUCUCCUUCUGCAGCCAAAACACUGUUGCAGCUCAUUGAAAAAUAUAAGAGCCAGCUAAUAGCUGAAAGCAAGAGCUUCAAUGAUGUGUUGUAUAUGGCUCUUCUUAUUUCUCAGAAACAUCCGGACUUGAAAACAGAAUGCUUUUUGUUGAUCAGGCAGAUAUUAGUUCAAAAACAUUCAACAGCUCAUAUGGAAGAGUUCAUGGCCAAGUUUAACAGCGAUAAUUCGACGAAAUCUACUCAAAUAAAUUUGAAUGCUGAUGAAAUUCUGAAAGUUCUCAACUUCGGUGAAGAGAUGACUCAUAUGGAGAGAUCGAAAUAUUUGAAUACGUACCUGGUACAGAAACCAGAGAUUAUAGCAAGAAACGAUCGUUCUGAAGACGUGGAGAGUCAGUUGUUGUCUAUUUUCUCUGCCACGAACGGAGCAGAAUGUCUGGUUCCUCAUUUGUCUCUCAGAAGUCCCUUGGAAACUCAAGAAAGAAUAUUGAACAUUCUAUUGAGUUCAUUGAAUCCUAGAUAUAAUCCUUCAUUAGUUUAUGAGUUUGUUCAAAGUUGUAUAUCUGAAGAGUUUAAAACGUUUUUCACUCCUGCAAAGAUCUCAGUGUUGUCCGAAUACAUUGUCGUCUUAUCCCUACAGAGCGCGGAACAUAUGGCAAAAGGAGUAGACCUUAUCAACAAAAUGGUUGACACAUUUGAUUUCGAUAUUCUACUACCAGUUGUGCAAGUCAUUCUUGACUUGAAAGCCAAAGAGAAAUCAGUAGAGCGCGUAGAGAAACUAAGUCAAUUGUAUCAAAAUGUAGAAAAGCUUUUCCCAUGUUUGCAUGUUUGCCAAAUAACUAAUCGGGUUUCCUUCCGAGGUAAGAGGUGGCGACUCGAUAAUCUAGUGAAAUCUAUUACUUCCCUCACAAAUACGGUUAUUGAAUCGAAAGAUAACGAAGAAACUGAACUAGCUUUGGAUAUACUCAACCAAGAACUUAAUAACUAUCCAACCUUGAUGAUUCGUGAGCUGGCCGAUUUCUUCACAAGCAUUAAUAAUCCUAAGAUAACUAGUAAAAUUGGGUCCACAUUAAAUCGACUACUAAGUUGA